AUGUGGAUGACAAACAAGGUGUUCUGCAAGCGGAACGUGCACGCCGCACGCGCCGGAGGUGCACAGGAGCUCGCCAUCGACGGAACGCCUCGCGCCGAGAUCGCCGAGCUGGGACACUGGGCUCUCGACAAGAUGACGCGUGCUUACAUCACAGCCAUUCCCGCUGGGGUGGUGAUGAGGAAGGCCGGCUACUCGGAUUUCAAGCCAGACUACUUCUUGGGUCGCAGCAGGGUCGAGCCCUCCGCCAAACUCCUGGGCAUCCUCGCCGAGCAAAUCUUCCCCGGCGUGGAUGCUAUGUUGCGCGAUGCGGAAACGCGUGCUGUCAAGGGGAGCGACGCCGACAAAGCCGCCGUGCACUUUUUGCGUACCCUCAUGAUGUUCCGACGCAUCGUCGCCGAGGACCUCGCGGUUAAGCUCGUCCGCACACCGUGGCACCCGUAUGUCGAAGGUUUCAAGCUCUGCCGGAUUGCCCUCUUCCAUCACCGGGCGAAAAGGGUCGAGGCAGUCGACACCGAGACGAUCAAGAAGCGCCGGGACCCGACCGUGAUUCAGCCAGAGGAAAUUUCCGUCCGCAUGGACACCCAGUAUCAUAACAUGCCCCUCAAGGAGACGCUGAAGUACGAGAUGGAGCGCUCCGCGGUCGAGAAGAUCGACCUUAAGGAGGAGAUCGAGAAGCGCUACGAUACCAUCGCGACGCUGACCGCCGAGCUUGCUCGUCUCACCGAGGCACUCCGUGUGUCAGAGGCACGGAGGAUGCCGGCGGCGCCGCCGUCGGCGAACGAGCAAGCGCCGAGCGAGAAUGGCUCAGCGGAUUCGGCCAACACGGGGGCCGGAGCCAAGGACCCUGAACCCCCGAAACCCCCACAGACGGUCGAAGAGGCUCGUUACGAGCUCAGCGUGGUGAAACCCUGGCACGAGGCAAAGACCGUGACGGACGCUUGGCGCCUCUGGAACUCCGCCACCGCCGAUGACACCCGUCGUCUUUGCGACAGGUUCGCCGAGCCGGGAUUCGUCGACCGCCACACCCUCCUCAAAGGCGCGACGCAGGGUGCACACAACAUGAAGGUGCGCCGCAUGCUGAAGGCCAUCGAUGCAGUGCGCCUCCUUCGCUCGAGCGACGGCCAUGCCGACAAAGAAGCCGUCGUCGCUGCACUGAACAGGAUCGCGGCGCCGGGCAUUGGGACCUUAUGCGAUGCCCUCACGGUGCUCAAACCGGAAACAGCACCGACGAAGUCCAAGGAGCCGGGCAUGGGCGUCAAGGGGCUGGGCCCCAAGGUUGUCUCGAGGCUACGUGUCGCAUGUGCGCCGGUGGCGCUCAAUCUGAAGCCGAUGACUUCGGUCGCCGACCUGUUUCCAGACACCUGGGAGGAGCAGAUGCCGAAGACCGAGGCCGACUUGGCCAAGCAGACCGCACCUGCGCAGCGUCCUCCGACAAAGCGCAAGAAGGCGGCAGGACGACCUCUGGAGCACAUUGUGCUGAUGCUGUAA